AUGGCACAUACUCUUUUUACCUCUUGUAUUUUUAUUGUUAUUUCAACAACAAUAAAUGCUUUUAUAUUCAGUAAAGAUGGACUUUUUCUCGUACCAUCAGUAGCUUUUCGAGAUCGUUCAUCACCAUCUGAUUGGACUUUAUACAAUCAAGGAUGGUAUUAUGAAGAAAGUCCGAUCAAAGCAUUAAUGAUGGAAAAAUCUUUAGAACUUGUUGUUCAAAAAGAUUUAGAUCGAAAUCGUGUUAAAAUGUUUACUGCAGAAGGUAAAGAGAAGAAAAAUUUAUGUAUUGAUGGUCUUGCUCGAUCGAUGUGUACUGUAACUGAUGAUGAAGGACGUAUUAAAAAUACUUUUACAAUGACAAAUCAAGAAAUUGAAUUAUUUCGUCAACCAGGUGGUGCCGGUGGUAAAGUUUUAUUUCAAGCAUCAGUACCAAAGAAAACUAUUAAAACAACAGGUGAAAUAUUUUUAUGUGAUGACAAUGGUAUGACAUUCAUAAGUGAUAUUGAUGAUACAGUCAAAAUAACUGGUGUAACAUCAUCAACACAAACACUUAUUAAUACAUUUAGUGGUGAUUUUAAACCAGUACCAGGAAUGGCUGAAAUUUAUCGAUAUUGGCAAAAUCAAUAUAACGCAACAUUUGCUUAUUUAACAGCAUCACCCGAUCAACUUUAUCCAUUUUUAAGAGAAUUUUUUGAUCGUGAACAAUUUCCAUCUGGUUCAGCACAUAUGAGACAUUUUACUUGGUUUGAUGUUAAUUUCAUUUCAUUUUUUAUGUCGUCAAAUUAUGCGAAAAAGAAAACGGAAACAUUAGAAAUGUUCUUACAAAAUACACGUAAUCGUAAAUUUGUUUUACUUGGUGAUAUUUUUCAAAAAGAUUCAGACAUCUAUGCUGGUAUUUAUGCUCAAUAUCCUGAUCGUAUUGCAAAAAUUUUUAUUCGAAAAUAUCCAGAUGAUAUUGAUGGACAACAACGACUUGAAACAGUAUUUAAAGAUAUACCACGUGAAAAAUGGGCAACAUUUGAAACAGGUGCUGAUUUACCACGGAUUAUUUUUUAA